GCGGAGCGGAGCGGAGCGGAGCGGGGUUGGUGGCGGCCCGGGCAUUCGGUGAGGGCCGGUGCGAAGCUUUGCGUCGUGUUCGUCGUUUUCGUUGUUAUGUCGGCUCUGGAGAAGCAGCUGUACCUGGGUCGGCUUCCGACGAGGCCUCCUUUGCCCGGGGGUGGCGGUCAGUCCGGCUCGAAGAUGCGCAUGGGCCCUGGAAGAAAACGUGACUUCUCCCCAGUGCUCUGGAGCCAGUACUUUGAGUCUAUGGAGGAUGUCGUGGUGGAAAAUGAAACUGGCAAGGAUACUUUUCGAAUUUACAAAAGCGGAUUGGAGGGACCUGUCUUGCUGCUGUUACAUGGUGGAGGCCAUUCUGCUCUUUCCUGGGCUGUAUUUACUUCUGCAAUCAUCAGCAGGAUUCAGUGCAGGAUUGUGGCUUUAGAUCUCCGAGGCCACGGAGAAACAAAAGUUAGGAAUCCUGAAGAUUUGUCUGCGGAGACAAUGUCAAAAGACGUUGGAAACGUGGUUGAAGCUUUGUAUGGAGACCUUCCUCCCCCUAUCAUGCUGAUUGGGCACAGCAUGGGGGGUGCCAUUGCAGUGCACACAGCAGUUGCAAACCUGGUGCCGAGUUUACUGGGUCUGUGCAUGAUAGAUGUUGUGGAAGGUACAGCCAUGGAUGCACUGAACAGCAUGCAGAACUUCUUAAGGAGUCGUCCCAAAACAUUCAAGUCACUUGAGAAUGCAAUUGAGUGGAGUGUAAAAAGUGGACAAAUAAGAAAUCUGGAAUCUGCUAGAGUUUCUAUGGUCGGUCAAGUCAAACAGUGUGAAGGAGCUGCAAGUCCUGAAGGUCCUAAAGCCAUCGUGGAGGGCAUUAUUGAAGAAGAGGAGGAGGAGGAUGAAGAUGAUGAAGGCGGAGUCUCUGUCAACAAAAGGAAGAAGGAAGAUGACACUGAGGUAGGGAAUUUCUUGCUGUGUUUCAGCACAUGUUUGCAUGGCACUUCCCUGGCCCAUGGUUAUCCAAAGGAUUCUUGAUAUAAAUGAGAGCAA